AUGGCGCACAGGCGGCGCUCCUCCCUCGACUUUGCGUACGGCGGUCGCCCGAGGGAGACGGCGGCGCGGACCUUCUACCCGGGCCUCGCCCUCGGUGGUGGCGGCGGAGCGGGCGCCACGGCCGCCGCCCUGGCCGCGGAGUCUUUGGGCGCGAACGGCGCGGCGGACGAGAAGGCGGAGAUGCGGGGUCUGAACGAACGCUUGGCGGAAUACAUCGCCAAGCGGCCGAGCGGCCGGGUCCCCGCGAGCGACCCCAAGCCAAGUCCCGUGACGCGCGGCCCUGGAGCCUCCCCUGGAGCGACCGCCAUGAACGGCGCAGCCACCCUGGGGACCUUGAAGCCGCUGAGGCAGCACCCUGAACGACCUUGUCCGAACCUGUGCAAGGUACAUUACCUGGAGGGCGUGAACCAUGAGCUGGAGGUGAAGAUCAAGGAGCUGCUCAAGAGUGGCCAUGGCAAGAUCCAGGGCAGCAGCAGCAGGUUCACUGCGGCAGAGGAGCUUUGUGCCAAGAUCAAGAGCCAGAUCGUGGACAAUGCGCGCGCCGGAGUGAAGAUAGAAAAUGCGCGCCUGGCAGCCGACGACUUCCACUACAAGCUCGAGACGGAGCGCAGCGCUCGCAGCUGCGUGGAGGAGGACAUCGCCAGGCUCUACGCGCUGCUGGAGGAGUACGGCGUGGCGGGCGCGGGCGCCGAGGCGGAGAUCGAGGCGCUGUCCGAGGAGCUGCACUACAUCAGGAAAACUCACAAGCAGGACACGGCCACCCUCGGUGCCCGGCUGGAAGCGUCCUCUGUGUCCGUGGAGGUGGCCAGCACCAAGGGGUCGGACCUGAGCGAGAUCCUGGCCGGACUGCGCCGGCAGUACGAGGCGAUGAUCGUCAAGACCCACGAGGAGAUGGAGUUCGCCUACAAACAGAAGAUGGACACGGUGAACGUGACGGUUUCUGAAAAGAAGCAGGCCUCCCAGCUCGUCAAGGACGAAAUCUCGGACAUGAACCACUCCACCCAGAGUCUCCAGAAGGAGCUGGACACGCUGUGGGGCCUGAUCCGGUGUCUCGAAGAGCAGCUGAGAAGCGCAGAGGCGUUGAACGCCGAUAGCCUCACGGGUUACAGCAGCGCCAUCGGCGCCCUGGAGUCCGAGCUCGAGAAGCUGCGAGCAGACACCCACCGGCAGAUGCACGAAUACUCGCUGCUGCUGAACGAGAAGAUGAAGCUGGAGCAGGAGAUAUCCACCUACAGGACCUUGCUGGAGAGCGGACACAGUCGGCUCGACGACACCUCCGGUGCUGCCGCUGCCGCCGCCGCCGCCGCUGCUGCUGCGUCUUCCGGCAAGGAUGAUGGAGACGGCGUGGGGACCACCGCCGCUGCUGCUCGGGGUGGAGACGAAGACAUCGGCAGAGUGGAGAAAAAGAGAAGCGCGGUGAUCGUCGUCACCCAGCACGUGACGGACGGACGGGUGACGGAGGAGAGCGAGCAGAGCUGCGAGCACUGAGCCACGAGACGUCGGGCUGCUGCUGCUGACACCCGGCACAACACAAACCACGAGACGUCGUGCUGCUGCUGCUGACACCUCGCAACGCAAACCACGAGACGUCGUGCUGCUGACACCCGGCACAACACAAACCACGAGGCGUCGUGCUGCUGCUGCUGACACCCGGCACAACACAAACCACGAGACGUCGUGCUGCUGACACCUCGCAACACAAACCACGAGGCGUCGUGCUGCUGCUGCUGACACCUCGCAACACAAACCACGAGGCGUCGUGCUGCUGCUGCUGACUCCCGGCACAACACAAACCACGAGACGUCGUGCUGCUGCUGACACCUCGCAACACAAACCACGAGGCGUCGUGCUGCUGCUGCUGACACCUCGCAACACAAACCACGAGGCGUCGUGCUGCUGCUGCUGACUCCCGGCACAACACAAACCACGAGACGUCGUGCUGCUGACACCUCGCAACACAAACCACGAGACGU